AUGGCCGAUAUUAACGCUUGGGCAGCUCCUCGCCUCUCCCAGAUUCUUCCUCUUGAUGAAGAGUCGCUGUCACAGGUCAUCGAAUAUGCCGCCAGUCUCCCCAAGGACGCUUGCGCCGACCAUCUCAAAAACCUGCUCGGUGACUCCCCCGCCGCCCUUGAAUUCAUCAGCUCUUUCAACUCGUUCAACACGCGCCGCGAUGCUCGACAGACCCCCCAGACUAUGUCAAGUCAGACAAACCAAAACAGAGAUGCACCGCGAUCGUCGGGAGCUAAGAAGGGCAAGAAGAAGGCCCCGUUGCACAGCGCUGGUCCGGCGCGCCGCCCAGACAACUACGGCGAUGUUGGAGGUGGCUAUAUGAAAGCAGAAGAGGAGGACUAUAUGUCCUCGCGCAAACCAAAUACAAGCCUGGCAUCCUCUCAGCCUUCCUCACAAUCAUCGCACAUACCCUCUCCCUUGCCCGCGUCAACGCCAAAGCUGCCGCCAUCAGCAAUCGGCCCUACAAUCUCAGAUAUGCUACCAAAUGUUCGAUCAAAAACAAGCAAAUCAAUGCGACAAGCUGGAUCUGGAUCAAAUAAUAAGGGGGCAGCUCUGACGACGAAUAAUAUCUCGGACUUGACUGCUGCUAUUGCUGCCUUGGAGGUAUCGACAAAUCCGACGCUAGGGGAUGGACGCAAAUGCAACUGCUAUGCUUCCCUGCACCCACUCUUUGAUCCAGCCCCAAAUUGUAUGAAUUGCGGGAAGAUCAUUUGCUCGCUUGAGGGUCUACAGCCAUGCUCCUUCUGUGGCACACCACUAUUCUCGGCAGAGGAAGUGCAAGACAUGAUUCGAGAAUUACGUGCUGAGCGCGGACAAGAAAAAAUGCGGGUACACAAUGAAGGAGUUCACCAUGAAGGAGGACCUAGGCCUAACUCUGGCACUGGGUCCGCGUCUCCCAAUAAACUCGAUGCUGCCAAAGCUCACCGCGACAAGUUGCUUCAAUUCCAAGCUCAGAAUGCCCGCCGAACCAAGGUUGUCGACGAAACGGCUGAUUUCGAGACACCAAACGUUGCCUCAACAUUAUGGAUGACCCCUGUCCAACGUGCACUGGCACUGAAGAAACAGCAGCGCAUUCAACGUGAAAUGGAGGAGAAGGCUCGUCCCGAGUGGGAAAGGAAAAAGACAGUCAUGAGUUUGGAUAUCAAGGGCGGCAAAGUUCGUCGUGUGUAUCAUAAUGCAGCAGCAGAUUCAACGCCGGAGGCCAGUGAAUCCGAGCCCGCUGAAGAAGUUGCCACAGAACUCCCACGAGGUGAGCAUGCUUUCAGUCGGAACCCGCUUCUCGCGGCCGGUGGUCUUCUGCGGCCUGUCUGGAAGGCUCCGGAAGGGAAGAAGCCCGAAGCAGCGGAGCAGACUGAAAGGAAAUCAACUUGGCGACGUGUUCAAGAUGACAAUGAUGACAAUGAGCAGUGGAUUCUUGAUGGGGGAGCCCAUGGACACACUACCUAG